AUGGCUAGUCGGGGCUCAGGAGCGCUUCCUUCGGGGAGGACGCAGCAGACUCUGGAAACGUUCCAGUCUGUCACGGGCUGUACGGACCGAGCAGGCGCAGCUGAGUUUCUGCGGAGACACAGCUUCGACCUCAGCCGCGCUGUGGACGCGUACUUUGCAAUGUCGUCGCGGGACCAGAAGGUUAUGCAGCAGCCGAGACGCACACCACCCAGUCACUCUUCUUACGGAAACAUCAGCGCAGUCAGUGCGUCCUACGGUUCUUCUUCGCGGGGGAGGGCUGCGGCGAAGGCGAGGGCUGAUGACCGUUACCGACAGAUUUCCGAGACCUUUGAAGCGUACGCCCAGCGGGACGGCCCCAGCUCAGCGCCGGGAGACGCAGGACGAGAGGGAGAUGGAGCGAUUGAGGUUGCCGGACUGGAACGUCUUGCCGAAGAUCUAGGUGUGGGUUUGGACGACGUCUUCUUCCUCGUUUUCGCUUUCUUCUGCGAGUGUGCGGAACAAGGAAGAAUCACGAAGGAGGAGUUCACACGUGGCAUGGAUCGUUCGGGGGUGUGCACAGCGGCAGCGCUUCGUGAAGUCGUGCCUCAAAUUCGCGCACGGCUAUCCGAGGACAAAGCCUUAGCGCGUCAAGUCUACUCCUACGCUUUCACUUACUCUUUGGAUGUUGGCCAAAAAGCGUUACCCCUCGAUCUUUGCGUCGCCUACUGGCGGCUCCUCCUGUGCGAAUCCGAGUUCCCUCUCAUGACAGAGUGGUACGACUUCAUUGAGGAGGAGCACCGAAAGAGGGCGAGUGCCCUGUCUAAGGAUCCCUGGAUCAUGCUUUUCGAUUUCAUGCAUGCGCAACGAUCGUCCGUCUCCCUCGACGACUACGACGAAGACGGCGCUUGGCCUUUGGUCAUUGAUGAGUUCGUCGACUGGGCCAGGCGUCGUCGGAAAGAAAAGGAACGCGAACGCGCAGAACUGGAGGGGAGCGCGCAAUUGUAG